AUGCAGAGUAAAACUUUAAUUACAUAUCGAACAUUGCCGUUUCUGAUUUUAAUCUUUAUUUCAUCGGUUAAUGCUUGGAUAACCAUAGGUUUAAACUAUAAAUUAUGCGAUACCCCCUUUAUUGAUGAUGCAAUCCACAUCAACGAGCACGACGCAAAUUUUUACACCAAUUCCACAAAGGUCAAGAAAAUAGAAUCCCAAAAUCUAACCUCAGAUGGGUUUGUACUCAAUGUCACCAUGUACGGGUGUACAGAAAAUUGUGGUUGGUCAUUUGAACUAAAAGUAGAGAAUUCUACAAGGAAAGUUACGCCAGUUGCUAGUAAACAGCUUCCUUAUACCUGUACGAACAACCCAACCACGUGGCGAGUUGAUCUGAACACCACAGUUUUGAGUGUUGGAAAUACUCCUAAUCCAGACUAUCCUUUUUCCUUUAACCUUGCUAUGCAUUAUUGUAAAAAUAAUCACAACAUAGACAACAACACCGAAAUAACUAGCAAAGAUGAUAAAAAUAAUUUGAAUUGUCUCAAAGAUUAUUCCAAUCUAAUGCAUGAUGAUAAAACUAUUUUUAAUUUUGAAAAUGAUGGGGCUCGAUGGCCAUUUAGUGGACAAAAACCUGCUGCUUUAUCUUUGGCUGCAACAGUUGAUAAUGCUUUUACCUUUUAUCAGAACCACUACCUAGGAAUCAAAUAUUCUCUCAGUAACAUAUCUGAAAAUAUCAUUAAUCACCUAACUGAUUUUGCUCCAUACUAUAAUCAUGCACCGGAUGAAUCAAUUUCUUAUGAUAUUUCUGGCACUCUAAAUUUAUUAACUGAUCAUUUUAAUUUGAAUAUUCUUAAAGUAGGAACAAUGUUUGUUGACUCUGUUUCUGAUCAACCAACUUUUGUUGAUAAAAAUGGAGCCCCAUUAAAACGAACUUUAUCAACAACAGAAUUUUACUUCAAAGUGCCUUUUGAUGCCACUGGUGUAUUAAAAAAUACUUUUAAAACUUUUGGUCAAGAUAGUGAUUCUUAUUUGAAAAGUAUUAUUGCAAAAUUACCUAAAUUGAUUAGUGGAGCUAUAGAUGUAUUCACCCCUUCAUCUUCUUGGCUUGCAGCACCUUUUUAUAUGCCCAUCGAAUUAGUUAAUUUUGAUCAAAAUAUCUGUGGUAAAUGUUGUUUGGCAGAAGAGUAUGUUAGUAAACUCGGGGCUAAUUGCCUUAUACGAGGUAGAUUUAACUGUGGUCAGCUAGUACAUUACAACAAUUGUGUAUUCGGUGGUGUUAAUUAUAAACCCGAAGUCAUGGAUGCAAUUGAGAAAUUU